GCUGCUGCCCCAGGCUGCGGCGAGCCCCCGAGCGGCGCCGGCGCCGGGCUCAGCCCCGGGGCGGAGCUGGCGGCGGCGCGGAGCAGAGGAGGCGGCGGAGAGGAGGCGCCGCGGCCGCCGCCCAGAGCCGGGGCUGGCGCGGGGCAGCGAGGCGCGGGCGGCGGAGCGGCGGCAUGCGGCGGGGCCGGGGCGCAGGGCUGGCGGGGCUGGCCGCGCUGCUGCUGGUGGCUGUGGGCAGAGCCCAGGUGCAGCAGGAGCCGUCGGCAGAGACCACCGAGGACACCGGCAUCGCCAUCAGCUGCUCACACCCCAGCAUACGGACAGAAGAAUCGAUAGUGUGGUACCGCCAGCUCCCGGGCCGAGGUCCCGCAUUCAUCACGAGCGGUCACAAAGGGUCCAGAGAGGUGCAGGACCCUCCGGGGCGGAUGUCGGUGGCGGCAGACCGCCGGUCCAGCGCCCUGUGGCUCGCCCGGCCCCGGCGCAGGGACGCGGCGGUGUAUUACUGCGCCGUGGGAGACACGGGGCUCGGAGCCGGGGCUGCGGCCGGGCACGAACCUCGGCGGCCGGCGCCGGAAAUGACCAUCCAGAGAGGACACAGCACAGCUCUGCGCUGCAAUUUCUCCACCAGUUCUGCCAGUUCCUACAUCUUCUGGUACCAGCAGCGCCAGACGCAGUCCCCUCAGAUGCUGCUGCAGGGAGUGCUCUUUGAUGAUGAGAAGCGCUCAAGAAAGCACCGCAGAGUGGACGUUUUCAAGGCCCUUCCAGAUAUCGAGCCUGUCCACAUCUCAAGCCUAUGUGUGGAGGAUAAUGCAAAGCUGGAGAACAUCCCCUUUGCUGCAGCCACCCAAAGAAUUCCCAUGGUGCGGGUGCGGUAA